AUGGCUUACUACCUUCUCUACUUCCUCACGAUAUCGGUUGUUGUGUGUGGCACAGCGCUCUACCUCACCCGGUCCCGAUGGCUACCUCUACUGCCAGUUCCCGAUUACAUUUACGAUCGUCUCCCCUCGACUUUUGCCGGCGAUGUGGAAGCUGGUCUGGUCUCAUCAGAGUUUGAUAUCUCUGCCAAUAUUGCAGAGGGCGACACCAGGGCGGGCUUGGAUGAUCAGGCCAAACGCGAAAUCUUACGGAUCAUGAAACGGCGAAGAGUGGAUUUCAAUGAAGGUCGUCGAAUCUACAUGGAGCAGCGCUUUUCCAAGAACAACAUCGGUCCCGAUGGCCGACCUAGGGACCCAAAGUUCGUGUCAUUCUCUUGA